AUGUCCAUUGUGUCGUUAUUGGGAAUAGAGGUUUUAAAUAAUCCAGCGAAAUUCACAGAUCCGUACGAAUUUGAGAUCACCUUUGAGUGUUUAGAACCAUUGAAAGAGGAUUUAGAAUGGAAGCUUACCUAUGUUGGUAGUUCAAGAUCUUUAGAUCAUGAUCAAGAAUUAGAUUCUAUUUUAGUUGGCCCAGUGCCAGUUGGAAUCAACAAAUUUUUAUUUCAAGCAGAUCCACCAUCACCGGAAUUGAUUCCUGCGAGUGAGUUGGUCAGUGUGACGGUUAUAUUAUUAAGUUGUUCAUAUGCAGAUCGAGAAUUUGUAAGGGUUGGAUAUUAUGUUAAUAAUGAAUACGAUCUGGAAGAGUUAAGAGAAAAUCCACCAGCAAAAGUACAAGUAGAACAUGUUGUAAGAAAUAUCUUAGCAGAAAAACCAAGAGUCACUAGAUUUAAUAUAGUUUGGGAUAAUGAAGAUGGUAAUGCUGAUAAUUAUCCACCCGAACAACAAGUAGAUGAAGAGGAUGACGACGAAGAUGAAGAAGAAGAGGAAGACGAGGAGGAAGAAGAAGAAGAAGAAGAAGACGAAGCAAAUGAAGGAGAAGAAGAUUUAGGAGAAGAAGAAGAAGAACUUGAAGUUGGAGAAAAUGAUACUAAAGAUAAACCAAUAAAGGGCGAUGCAGAAAUGGAAGAAGAUAUCGAAGAAGAUAUAGAGGAAGAUAUUGAAGAAGACAUCGAAGAAGAUUUAGAAGGUGAUGAUAUGGAAUUAGAUGACGACAAAAAGAAUGGAGGACAGACUCCAAUAGAUACAAAUCAAAGUAAGUAG